CUUCAAACAACGGUCGAGUCGCGAUUCGUGAUGAUCGAAAAUUCCUCUACAUAGAUGUUGCGAAUCGGUGCUACCGCAGCGGUACUGCUCUCGGUACUCGCUAUUCUAUCCCUUGCUCACUGCACGAUUCCCGAAACACGGCACAUAACACACACCGACCCGAUUUCAACCGCCUAAUUCGAGUGGUUCUCGCCUGGAAGCAGCCACUUUUGAAUGCGAAAUUCCUUCGGUUGGAAACUAUGUGACGCGACAGACCGAUAGUACUCGUCGGGUACAUUCAUUCAAACUAGUUGGUACGUCAAACUUCAACAACCUGCAGUGGCGGGAAGGGAGCGGAAAGCGGUACGCUCUUACCUGUGUAAUAAAAAUGGCCGAGCGUACCGGAGGAGAGUACCAAGCGACGUUGCCACAUCUACAAUCCAUCAUCGAAUUUAAAUACUUUCACAUUAAACCUACACUAAAAUCUUCCAUUUUACCACAUUAACCUACCUGUUAUUUUAUAGCAAAUCAACUUCUAUUUUAAUCAAAUAGAUUUACACGUUAUUUAUAACAUUCUAUUUAUAACAAAUUUACUUGUAAGUACCUCCCCGACCGUUACAAAAGAUGACAUUUUAAAUUUAAACUAGGCACUGGAAAACCGGCAACGUUGGAUACACGUUUCAGUGUUCACUUUGGUCGAUUUUUGUGCCUGUCUUUGCAAUUUUAUUAUUACUUUUGCAGACUUUUCAGGCACAUGUGGACGCAUUCGGAAAGUUUCAAACUUUUCCCCUUCAAUCGAACCCGUUUAAUUUCCGCCGAAUUAAAAUGGAUGAAUUAAAUACAAUAUUCUUUAGGAUAUUAGGAAUCACCCUGAGUUUCGUGGAGAUAGCAUGUAAAUUAGAUCGAACGCUUGUUGAAUUGAUUGAAGAUACAUUAUUGAAUGAAUUGCUUUAGUAACAGAUCUCGAUGCGGGUUAGUGGGGAUGUUAUUAAUAAACGCAAUUAAGUACGCAUUUUAAUCUCCUAACGAAAACAACGAGCGAUUAAAAUGAAAAGCGGAUCGUAUUUUUUGAUAAUAGUUUCCACUUUGCUUUCGACGUCGAUUUGCUCGGGCAAUUCGGACGAAUUAAAAGACCUGUUGAAUUUCGGCGGUGCCAAAAUCGCGAAUGUUAACAACGCCAGUGAAUCAAAAAUCGAUUUGCUGGGUGAAAUACUAAAGGAGUACAUCAAUUCGAUUAAGAAACACCCGAAAUUAGAUAUAGUUUUUCUGAUCGAUUCAUCGUCGAGUGUGGGAGAAUAUAAUUUCAAAAGUGAAUUGAAAUUCGUGAAGAAGUUACUCAGUAAUGUUGUUGUCGAUUAUAAUCAUACGAGAAUUGCUGUGGUUGCGUUCAGUUCAUCUACAAAUAUUUUGAAAAGUAUAGACGAAAUAGGAAAGCGGUCGAAGAAUCACAGCAAAUGCUCCUUACUAUCGAAGCAACUAAAAAACGUCAAGUUCAAAGGAGGCGAUACUUUCACUUUGGGAGCGCUGAAGAAAGCUAAGGAAAUAUUCGACUCGUCCGAUAGAAACGAUUCGAAAAAAGCAAUAUUUCUGAUAACAGACGGCUACUCGAACGGCGGCGAUCCCGUCCCGGUGGCCGAGGAGCUCAAACGAAAUUCCGUCACCAUAUUCACCAUCGGCAUACGAAGUGGCAACUACAAGGAGCUCUACGACAUAUCCUCUUCACCCGGAGAAUAUCACAGCUAUUUACUCGACAGUUUCAACGAGUUCGAAAGCCUAGCCAGGCGGGCCCUGCACUCAGAUUUGAAGAGCGGAGAUUACGUACCGCUCGGCGACAAUGCCUUUUGCGACAGUUUGUGCAUCGACGGGGAUUGUUGCGAUGAAAAGGCCGUGUGUUCUUGCGGGACGACGACGGGCCAUUAUUCCUGCGUUUGCAAACCGGGCUAUUACGGCUACGGUUUGCGAGGCGAUUGUUUCGCUUGCGAAUCUGGGACAUAUUCCGACGGUCCUAACACAUGCCUGCCGUGUCCUGAUCCUUUCCACACGACCAAAGCGCCCGCCUUCGGCAUAGAUAGCUGCGAGUGCAAAGAGGGAUACAGAGCAACGUCGAAAAGGGAAUGCAAAGAAAUGAAGUGUCCGAAAAUAACGGCGCCUCCGAACGGUUAUUACGUGAAAAACAAAGUCUGCCCGAAUGUAAUAUACAGCGCUUGCGGCAUCCGGUGCGAAGUCGGGUAUUUUUUGAAAGGAACAAGCGUUAGAUUGUGCUUGAAGAACGGCACUUGGAGUGGAGAGGAUACCGAAUGUGAAAUUAAAACUUGCGGUCCCCUGGCGGAGCCUAAAAACGGAAAACUCGACUGCUAUCAACCGGACUCCGACCAGCAUUUCGACAAUUUCACCGCCUUGCCCGUGGACACCAUUUGCAAAUACACUUGCAACGAGGGGCACCUUUUAACAGGCUCUUUAGAACGAUAUUGCCUACCCAUAGCGAGAUGGAGCGGUUUAAAAACCACCUGCAAACCAAUUAGGUGUAAAAAACUACCAGUUAUAAACUACGGGACGGUUUAUCCCGAAUCUUGCCAUUCAGGUAGACAAGAGUACGGUAAAGUAUGUAAAUAUGAUUGUAUGGAAGGAUUUAUACGAAAUGGUCCUUCCGAAAGACAUUGUACUGGGAAACGUGGAAGAUGGGAUACUUUGGAAAAGGUUACUUGUACCGACGUAUCGCCGCCGCGGAUAAUUUGCCCGGAAAAUCUGGUGACGAACGCACUUCCCGGGAAGAAGUUCGGCCAUACGAAUUGGACGGAGCCGAUCGCGACCGACAACUCGAAUUCGAACGUCACCGUGUGGAUAAAGUCCGUGUGGAUAAAGCCGUCGAUAGCGAACAUAACGAAGCACAAAUUCAAAAUCGGGACCACCAGGGUGCAGUAUUUCGCACAAGACGCCUUCCAAAACACCGGCAAUUGCUCUUUCAAUGUCACUGUUAAAGACACGGAACCCCCUCGCUUCGAAAAUUGCAUCGAUCCUCCCACGUUUCUCACCGACAACAAAUCGGGCGCCACUCUAACCUGGGACGAACCGACGGCCUUCGAUAACUCCCAAAAUUUCACGACGAGCCGGUCCCGAGAUUUCGGUUUCUUUCCGACGGGAACCACUCCCGUCCGAUACGAGGCAAUCGAUGGCAGCGGCAACAGGAACGAAUGCGUACUUAAUAUCACCGUUGAAGUUUCCAAAUGUGAUCCUCUACCUGAUCCUUUGAAUGGUAAAAGUUUGUGCAGCGCUAAUCAAUCGGAGGGUUUACGUUGUUUGAUAACGUGCGAUGAAGGGUACAGCAUUCCUGUUAUGCAAGUGACGCAGAAAGAUAACGAGUCGCUGUUUGUUUGCGAUGAUUUUUCUCCUAACUGGUACAAUGAAAACGGUCUAUUUUUAUCAGAAUGUUCCGAAACUCAAUUUCCCAAAGAAACUCAAACGGGCGAGUUUAUCAUACCUAACGUGAAUAAUUGCAACGAUUUGCACAAUAUCGAAACGAUCAAAAACGACGUUAACACAUUCAUCAACGAGAGACUUUGCGAUGGAAAUUGCUCUCUCACUACAAACGUCGAUUGCGAAAACGACAACCGAGUGGAAACGUCGAAAAACUCCACCGUCAACAAACGGGAGGUCAGAAGAACGAAAAAGCGCAGAGUAAAGGUAAAAUACCAGCUUAAACGGCAAUUCCGCGUCAGGAGCAGAACCUUGCCAAACAAUUACCAAGUGCAGUUGAAAAACGGCUACAGGGCUUCGUUGCAUUACGAAAGUAAAUUGGAUUGUCCCCCGGGAACCGUCCAAAGAUUACCAAGAUGCGUGUAUUGUCCAAAAGGAACCUUCCAUAACGAAACGAAGAACGUUUGCCAAAACUGUCCGUUCGGCAAAUACAACGAUAAAAUCGGGCAGACCGCGUGCACUCGCUGCCCCUUGCACUUUUCAACGCGAAGAUUGCAUUCGAGGAAGCCGGAGGAUUGCAAAGAACAGUGUCCGCCGGGCACGCACGCCAGGAAAAAACUCCAAAUAUUACACAAGCGCCACCGCAACGUGACAAUAGAAAAAACGAGUUUGAAGCCGCAAUGCUAUUCCUGCGGCGUCGGAUUCUAUCAAUCGAAUUACGGCGAAUUGAAAUGUUUAUCUUGCCCCGAAGGUUACACGACGACGUCAAUUGGAUCGACGGGCGUCGAACAAUGCACGCCGACUGCGGAUGAGUUUUGCAGGCGAGGCGUCUGCGGUCCCAAUGCCCUCUGCUCCGUCGCUAAUGAAUACGAAUACACUUGUAACUGCUACGAAGGAUAUGUCGGUACUCAUUGUGAGGAAGAAAUCACAGCAUGCCAAUCUCAACCGUGCAUUAAUAACGGCACGUGUUUAUCCAUUCCGAAUGGAUAUUUUUGCGUUUGUCCGGGAGAAUUUACUGGUUCCAACUGCGAAAGUGUUGUAGAAACUUGCUUGAACAAUGGAGUGACGUAUUUUGAAAAUAACGGUACCUCCAUUUGCAUUUGCCCCCCAGGUUUCAUCGGGGUAAAAUGCGAGAUCAAAAUCUACCCGUGCCAAGAAAUGUUUUGCGAAAACGAUUCCCAUUGCGUGGAAGAAGGCGGACGGGCAGUUUGUAAAUGCAAAGAAGGCUUCAUAGGCUCCAGGUGUCAGCUAUUACCGUGCGAUUAUCGACCGUGUCCAGAUACAAAAAUAUGCCUCAACACCUUUGAAGAUAACUCGACAAGAGACAGUUACUUUUGCGUUUGUCCGGAAGGCUACACAGGCGAUAAUUGCGAAGAGAGGAUCAAUCACUGUUUGAUAUCGCCUUGUUUAAAUAACGGUGUGUGCGUCAACGGAUUUACAAACUACACCUGCAACUGCUCGAGCAUGUUCUACGGUAGCCACUGCGAAAUUCGCAGGUACACUAGAUACGCGUUCAGAUUCGACGGUUACAGCACUUCGAAUUUCGUGAAGCUUCAGCCCUUCAGCAGGAAUCUGACCGAUAUAAGCGUUUGUCUUUGGAUACAAACUUUGGACGACGUUAAUUACGGCACGAUCAUUUCCUACGCCACGGAGACAUUCGACAACGCCUUUACACUCACAGAUUACACCGGGUUGGUUUUGUACGUUAACAAUCAAUAUGUAGUGACUGAUAUACAUUUAAACGACGGGUUGUGGCAUCACGUAUGCGUUACGUGGGGAAGUAAUAAAGGCACUUAUCAAAUAUUCGUCGAUGCUAAACUCGUCAAAUUCGGCGUGGAUUUAUCUCCAGAUAGUCAGAUACAAGAGAAGGGAAGUUUAAUUUUGGGACAAGACCAAGACGUUUUCGGUGGGAAAUUCAGCCAAAGCGAGUCCUUUGUCGGAAAGCUCACUUACGUGGACAUUUGGUCGGGAAUUCUAACCCAAGACGAAGUCGAUGUGCACUUUAUCGAUUGCGGGGACUCGUUCUUUGGGACAUUAUACGCUUGGCCAGAGAUGAGGGAUUUCCAUCAGGGAAAUGUAAAAGUCGAAGAAUCGGAUUUCUGCAAGAACUGCGAACCGCCGAAGACGCUCCGCAACGGGGACGUCACAGUAGUAAAUAACACGGCUUAUUACUCGUGCUACGCCGGCUUUACUUUGAACAAUCCGAAUUUCGCGAACGGGCGAAAGUGCACCAAGGCCUCUUACUGGGAGGGGUAUUACGAACCGUAUUGCAAAAGAAAGUAUUGCGGGUAUCCGGGAUCGAUCAGGAAUGGAUACGUAAUAGGAAAACACCGGUACUCUUACCAGGAUGAAAUCAACUAUUUCUGUUACGAAGGGUACAAUAUGAUUGGAAACGGGACGAUAAAAUGCGCUGAAAAUGGUCAAUGGAAUCCGGUCAAACCGAGGUGUAUCGGUACACAAUGCACAGCCUUUAAGACGCCGGAAAACAGCUCGUUUACCAUCAUGUCUGAUCAAAGUUACGAAGAUUACAAAGAAAAUUACACUCAACUCGACAUCGGGACGCAAAUCGAGUUUUCCUGCUUUGAAAAUUACAAGCUCGUCGGCGAAAGCAUAGUAAACUGCAUGGAAAACGGAACUUGGGACUUCGAACCGCCCAAAUGCCUUCCGGAAAUUAAAGAAACCAAAUUAAAUUGCCCCUUAAAUCAAAUUCCAAAACCACCAUCUAACGGAUACAUGGACACGGACUCGUUUAAUGAGGUUUCAAAUGGCACCAAAAGUGUUAUUGAAUACAAAUGCGAAGAGGGCUACACUCUCAUAGGCGAUAAUUCUUCUACUUGCAUUUUGGAUGGAUACUGGUCGGAACCGAAUAUAUCAUGCCAAAAAACCAUUACGUGCGGAAUUUGGCCUAAAUUCAAAAACACAAUCUCCAAACCCGCAACUUCUGAGGAAAGACACGCAGUAGGAGAUAAAGUGGUCUUCGAAUGCGAAGAGGGCUACGCAAAAUUAGGCGUCAACCUAUUCAUUCGCUGCUUGCCCACUGGAAAAUGGUCCAGGCUUCAAGGAAAAUGCCUAAGAAAAUCGUGCGGGAAGCCCAGCAUAUCUGACGAUACGGAAAUCGAAGGGCGCUCUUACUUAUACGGGGAUACAGUAAAACUUAUAUGUCCAAGUGGUUCAUCAUACAUGUUAGAUUGUAACAAAGAUGGUUCGUGGGAUGGCAAACAAGACGAUUCUUGUUAACAUCUUUUAUUUAAAGAGCCGAAAAAAUAUUACACAAAAUAUAUUAAAUAACUAAUUAACUCGUUCUGAAAAAAAGAAAACGAUAUAAUUUUACUUAAUUUGAAAUUAAUUAAUAAAUUACCUUCUUUCUCUUAAUGGCAAGGUCUCGCGAUGUGGACCUCCCGUUUUAAAUAAAAGACCUGUGUCUCCCUGCUUAGCAUUGUAACCCUUCAGGAAUUGGUUACCGGGCGCCUAUAAUGAUUAGAUAUCGUUAAAAAAGAACUUCAACAAUUUCCGCAUACUUACAUUAUUCAUAAGAGUGUGGUAAGCGUGUGCUUCCAUUGCUUCGACUUCAAGUUCGGGAAUAUCGAAGCAAGGAAUGUUGAAAUAAUUCAUCAAACUAUGCUUUUUGUCAGCGUUUAUGCCUCAAAACUCCAUAUUCUUCUUCUAAUCUGCAAACCCAAUCUUUCAAUUGAGUGUCUUGGGUAUCGAAUCUGUUAAAAUCGAUUCUUUCGAUAUCUUCGACUACGAUUUCCACGUCUCCUUCCUCGGACCAAUCGUAGAUUAGCAAUUCAGAGUGUUUACUGUAAAAAAAAGGAUGUUCAAUUUGUUUUUACCCGUUUUCUUAUUAAUCUUACCUCAUAGUUUUCAAAUAUUCUUGUUUGUAAUAUUUUUCCAUAGUACUCAAAUAUUUCGGUGUUAAAACUUUAGAAUCUUUCUCGUAACUGAUGGCCCUUUUCUGGAUGUUUUCCAUCACUUUGGGAACCGGCACGUCCAGAUAUAUGAUCAAAUGUGGUCUCAAUAAUUCUGAUAUUGAAUUAUCACGAAACUCGUAAUAUCUCUUUCUACCUAAAAGGCCAGUAUUUCGUUUACAAUAUUAGAUAUUCUAAGUUUUACAUACAUUGUUUAUUCAGGAAUCCACUGUGGUACAUAGCUUCAGUGAACACAAAGUCGGAAUACACGCAUCUGUCCAACACAACUCCUUGUCCGGUACUUAGAACAUGAGCCAAAGCAUCGAUAUAUUGGGAGUACCUUAAGAACAAAUUGUGAGGUAAGUUUGUAUUUGCUUACAAAUCCUGUUACUUACUUUAUUAUAUAUUGUUGCAAUUGGAAUCGGAUGGUGUGUCUGUGCCUUGGAUUUUUUAAGAAAUCCAUAACGUCCCAGCUCUUACAGCUGUCCGGCAACUGGGGGUCCAGUUUCCUCAAAUCGUAACCGUAGUCAUUGAUAUAGAUCAUGUCCAAGUUAGCUUCGGGUAAAUAGAGCAUGUCGAAUUCCUGAGCUAAAGCCUUCGCUAGCUUCGAUUUACCUGCUGCAACAGGACCCUCCACGACUACUAUCUAAAAUAUUCAAAUAAGGAAUUGAUCGAAUACUAGAAUAUAAGAGUUGAAAUACACUUACUUUAGAGUUUUCAUCUAGGCGAGCGGAGGUUUUAUCGUAAAGGUAAUGAAAUAAAGUGAAAGGUUUGUCGUUGUAGGGCCAGGGUUUCGGUUUCUCGGGGCGAUCCUCAUCAGGAGAUCUCGUACGCAGGCUGGUAAUUGUUCUCAUAAAAGGUAAGUUUUUAUUAUGUUGGAAUAUAUUAUUUGAAACUAUUCGUUUAAGACCUAUUCUCACCAACGUAGACAUUUCUAUUUAUUAUAAAUUGCCCAAAAAAUGAAAGGACUGAAGUAUUGGUUAUAUUUUUUACAUAACAAGCAAUUGUCAAAGUGGUUGUCA